UAAAAUUGGGUUGACUUGCAAAGACAAAAGGCCCCUCCAACGUAAUGACCGAUACCGCACAAAGGCACUAUGGCAUCUUUAAUUAGUGAAAUGGGGUCCGUGAUCAGACAUGCAGAAGACGGACGUUAAUAGCUAGGCCAAGGCCUUAUGAGUUGGGAGAUGGAAGGAUUCUCACACGCACCGAUCACACGAGUCUUAAAACUUCCGGAACAGGUGUCGUCCCUUAAUGUACUGGUUCCGUUCUUUGGGUUCGGGUUCACAACUGGAAAUACAGACGCAGCAAAGACUGGGGGAAACACUGAGGAAAGUCACCUUAAGGCCAAAGAGUUUUUCCAUCUACACGGCCGGAUAUGGAGGUCACUGUAUGGAUUGUACCCUUACAAGUCCAGUAUGAUUGGUCUGGAGAGCCUGGCCGAUCCCUCUGGUGACUGGGACAUUGUAGAGACCAUUGGUAAAGGAACCUAUGGAAAGGUCUACAGAGUGAACAACAGGAAGAACGGGAGUCAGGCCGCAGUCAAAGUCCUGGACCCAAUCAAUGAUGUUGAUGAGGAGAUUGAGGCAGAGUACAACAUUCUGAGGUCAUUGUCCAACCACCCCAACGUGGUGAAGUUCUAUGGGAUGUUCUACAAGUCAGACGACCUCUCAGGAGGACAGCUCUGGUUGGUUCUAGAGCUGUGCAAUGGGGGUUCAGUCACCGAACUCAUCAAAGGCCUGCUCAUGCGAGGCCAGCGACUGCUGGAGCCUGUUAUCGCAUACAUCUUAUACGGCGCCCUGUUGGGCCUCCAGCAUUUACACAACAACCGGAUCAUCCAUCGUGACGUCAAAGGAAAUAACAUCCUUCUGACCACCGAGGGAGGAGUUAAACUCGUUGACUUUGGUGUCUCUGCCCAGCUGACGAGUGCACGUUUGAGAAGAAACACAUCCGUCGGCACUCCCUUUUGGAUGGCACCUGAGGUCAUCGCCUGUGAGCAGCAGUAUGACUCCACUUACGACGCCAGAUGUGACGUGUGGUCGCUGGGCAUCACCGCCAUAGAGUUGGCCGACGGAGACCCCCCGCUGUCCGAGAUGCACCCCGUCAAAGCCCUCUUCAAGAUCCCACGAAACCCUUCCCCUACAUUGCGCAAUCCAGAGGAGUGGUGCAGAAGCUUCAGUCAUUUCAUUGCCCAGUGCCUGAUAAAGGAUUUUGAGACUCGUCCGUCCGUGACCCACCUUCUGGAACACCCGUUCAUCAAGCAGGCCCAUGGUAAAGACAUGGCUCUCAGUCAACAGCUCUCCACACUCAUCCAUGAACAACAAGAGCUGGGCUGCAAACUCAAGACCAAGCAUGAAAGAAUAAAUACACGAAAGACACUCAUAAUAGAAAGCAGUCCUGAUGAUGAUCUUGUGAACCUGGAGGUUUUGGACGAGGAGACCAUCAUCAAACACCUUUCUAAGAGGUACGACGAGCUUCAGAUAUACACAUACGUUGGAGACAUCCUCAUCGCUCUCAACCCUUUUCAAAAUCUAAGCAUCUACUCGCCACAGUUCUCUAAGCUUUACCACGGGGCGAAGCGGGCUGACAACCCCCCGCACAUUUUUGCCACAGCCGACGCGGCGUACCAGGGCAUGGUGACCUUCUGUAAAGACCAGUGUAUUAUCAUCAGCGGAGAGAGCGGUGCCGGGAAGACCGAGAGCGCCCAUCUGAUUGUCCAGCAUCUCACCUUCCUGGGAAAGGCAAACAAUCGGACACUGCGAGAGAAGAUUCUCCAGGUGAAUCCUCUGGUGGAGGCGUUUGGCAACGCGUGCACGGCAAUUAACGACAACUCCAGUCGCUUCGGGAAGUACCUGGAGAUGAAGUUUACCCCCACUGGGGCAGUCAUGGGAGCCAAGAUCUCCGAGUACCUGCUAGAAAAGUCCAGGGUCAUCAAACAGGCUACGGGAGAGAAAAACUUCCACAUAUUCUACUACAUCUACGCUGGUCUGUAUCACCAAGAGAAGCUAAAGAAUUACAGGUUACCUGACAAGAAGCCCCCCAGGUACAUUGAGAAUCAACAUGGUAAGGUGAUGCAGGACAUUACCUCCAGUGAACUGUACAAGGAGCAGUUUAAUGCCAUUCAGGACUGCUUCCGUAUCAUUGGCUUCACUGACCAGGAGGUCAAUUCAGUGUACAGAAUUCUCUGUGCCAUAUUGAAUACAGGAAAUAUCGAAUUCACUGCCAUUACCUCCCAGCACCAGACGGAUAAAAGUGAAGUGCCCAAUGCCGAGGCCUUAGGAAAUACUGCUGCCUUGCUCUGCAUCGGCCCCGAGGAGCUCCAGGAGGCGCUGACCUCCCACUGUGUGGUGACCCGGGGAGAGACCAUCAUCCGGACCAACACUGUGGACAAGGCCACCGACGUCCGGGACGCCAUGUCUAAGGCCCUGUACGGACGCCUCUUCAGCUGGAUAGUCAACCGCAUCAAUGCCCUGCUACAGCCAGACCUGAACAUCUGUGUGGCAGAAAGUGGUAUGAAUGUGGGAAUCCUGGACAUCUUUGGAUUCGAGAACUUCAAGAGGAACUCAUUUGAGCAGCUCUGCAUCAACAUUGCAAAUGAACAGAUUCAGUUUUACUUCAACCAGCACAUUUUUGCUCUUGAACAGAUGGAGUACCAGAGAGAGGGGGUGGAUGCCAGCCUGGUGGAGUACGAGGACAACCGCCCCAUCCUGGACAUGUUCCUCCAGAAGCCCAUGGGCCUGCUCUCUCUGCUAGAUGAAGAGAGCCGCUUUCCCCAGGCCACUGACCAGACCUUAGUGGAUAAAUUUGAGGACAAUCUGCGCUACAAAUACUUCUGGAGACCAAAACGAGUUGAGCUUUGCUUCGGAAUUCAGCAUUAUGCUGGGAAGGUGCUUUAUAGUGUGAAUGGUUUUCUGGAGAAGAAUCGUGACACUCUCCCUGCAGACGUUGUUGUGGUUUUGAGAACUUCAGAGAACAAGUUGUUACAGCAGCUGUUUUCGAGUCCAUUGACCAAAACAGGUAAUCUGGCCACAUCCAGGGCGAGAGUCACCGCUGCCUCAAGGUCUCUGCCACCUCAGCUCGGCUCAGGGCGCCACAAGUCUCCCAAAUACCUAUUAAAGGUGGACACCAUGGAGAUGAUGCGACACCCUGAGGAAACCACUAACAUGAGGAGACAGACGGUGGCCUCCUACUUCCGGUACUCCCUGAUGGAUCUGCUCUCUAAGAUGGUGGUGGGUCAGCCCCACUUUGUGCGCUGCAUUAAGCCCAACGAUGACAGACAGGCGCUGCGCUUCUGUAAGGAGAGGGUGACGGCGCAGCUGCGUUACACCGGCAUCCUGGAGACAGUGAACAUCCGUCGCCAGGGAUACUCCCACCGCGUCCUGUUUGAAGAGUUUGUCAACAGGUAUUACUACCUUGCAUUCCGGGCUCACCAGAUGCCCAACACCAGUAAAGAGAAUGCUGUUGCCAUACUGGAGCGGGCCAAACUUGAAAACUGGGUCUUAGGUAAAACCAAGGUGUUCCUGAAGUACUACCACGUGGAGCAGCUGAACCUGCUGUUGAGAGAGGUGAUCGCGCGCGUGGUGGUAUUGCAGGCCUAUACCAAGGGCUGGCUGGGGGCGAGGCGCUACCGCAGAGAGAAGGAGAAGAGGCAACACGGAGCUGUCGUCAUCCAGUCAGCAUGGAGGGGCCACACUACCCGGCAGGAUCUCAAGCAAACCAAAAAGAAGAGGGAAGAAGCAGCCAUUUGCAUACAGUCAGCAUACCGGGGCCACCAAGUGCGUAAAGACCAUGAAAUCCAGAGGCGAAAAUCUCACCCAGGGGCAGGAGUCUACACCGACCAGCGUUUUGGGUAUGAUGGCAGUCACAGAGAGAUGGUUGCCCCCGACAGCCAUGAUAGACAAGUGAGAGACGACAACAGAGACAAAGGCAGCGGAGACACAAUAGUGAAGCCUUGCAGGGAGACAGGCAGCCUCCGAGACACACAGUGUAAACAAGGUCCAGUGCUCAAGCUGCCGCAGCGAACCCAUCGCCGACGGGGCCAGCAGCCCAAACUGCUGAACAGCCCUGAAGACAGCCUCUACUACAACCAGCUAAAUAGAACUCUGGAUUAUCAGGGGAGCAAGAGGAAGCCGAGAAAACUUGGCCAAAUCAAAGUCCUGGACGGCGAAGAUGAGUACUACAAAUUAUUGUCAGCGGUGGAGUCAAUCCCAGAGGAAGACUGCUCAACUGGGCCCCCUCCCACCCUGUCAAGAGGGCCACUCGUCAGUCAGAGCUGAGCCUUACAACCCCUGUCAACUGAUUGCCUUUGAACCUGACCUCAACCAAAAAGAAAUGUACAUUUUGAUGGUCAGACUUGUAUUGCACUGUAUAUUGUAUUUAUCAGUUUUAUUAUUUAUUUUUCUGUAAGAUUUUAUGAGUUAAAAGUAAUUAUUUUCAGCAGCAACAUGAUUUGUUCGAACAAUGCUUUUGCUUUUCCACUAACAUACUACUCAAGCUACAUUGUUUAGCUUAUGUCAUCUUUGUUGGAAAUGCUUCAAUUGCAAUAGUUUUUAUAUCCAUGUAAAACUUUCUAUGCAGUAAAAUGUAGAAUAGCAGUUUAUUGUAACAUUGUAAUUCACUCCUUGUGGAAUCAGAGUUGUAGCCAGUAAUAUGCAGGUUGGCAUUUUUCUUGGCAGACUCACUGAAUACUGCUUUUACCAUUUCCCUGUUUUCACUAUUAUUCUUUGUGUCAACAUUUUGUACCAUUCUAAUGAAGCAAGUAAAAUACAUAAAGCAUAGUCACAA